AUGAUUUUAAUCUAUGCAUUAGACCAACCGGGAAACAUUUUAAAAUUUCGACUUUUACUUACAGAAUGGCUCGAGUUUUCGCCGUACGAAAUAGGCAUCCCAAGAUAUGGUACUUUCAUGAAAACAGAAUUCUUUGGAAGCAAGUUUUUCUGCGGUAAACUAGUGACAUCAUAUCCAGAACCGCCACUUCACUACUUACAAGGCAUAUGGGGCAGCGCCUUUACCGUACUACUCCAGCGUGUACUUCGUGAGAGAAAACUUCCCAGUGAUACAGUAGACGAGAUGAGUAACGAAGGAGAUCUGAGAGAAGAGCUACGUAUGUCAUUUAGGGUGCUUUCCAUUAUGCCAAAUAUUCCGGAGAUUCCGGUGGGUAGUCAAAUAAAAAGGUCCGUUUCGGUUUGGUCAGACCGGAAUAUACGGACCACCCGACCUCUGGAGGUGGUCCACUUCACCGGUUGGACCGAAAUAUUUGCCGGGAGAAACCGUGCGCAGUUUGAGGCAAUGCAAAUGUCUAACCCAAUAACACAACAAAAUGACUAUGGCCAGCGUUUUAACGCCGACCACUCGACGCCAAUCGACCACUGGAAGCCACUAGACCACUCGACGCCAUUCGACCACUCGGAGUUGAACAAUACGGACAGUGACAGCGACAAUGAAGAUGACAAUGAUGUCACUGACGGUCCUAACAACAACAACAACGACAACAACAACAACGACGACAGCAACGAUGAAACUAAAACAAAACACGAUGACGAUGAUGAUGGAGGUUUCUUUGGACGGUUCUUUGAAACUCUUGUGGAUAAGCUUGCUGUGUUUAAGACUCGAGCUGGUCGAGCAGGCCUGGUACACAAUUUUCUUCGCGGUCUGCAAGUAAUGACGUCAGCACCAUUGUUCUCAGGCAAAGUUGAUGAGGAAGUACAAACCGCUGACGAGUCUGCGCUCACAUCCCGUCGUAUCUACUUGGUUGACAGUGGGCUCGUGUUCAAUUCCCCGUACCCUCCCCUGUUGAGACCUGAGAGGGAUGUGGAUGUGUUUCUCUCUUUUGACUUCAGUGUAAGGAAAAGAGAUGUUGAAUUUCCCUUCCAGGAACUCCUAUUAGCAGAACAAUGGGCGAGAAAGAACAAAUUAAAAUUUCCUCCGAUUGAAGCAGAAUUGCAGUACAAAAGGCACGGAAUGAAAGAAUUCUACGUGUUUCAAGAUCCGCAAGAUCCAACUUGUCCAGUAGUUAUUCAUUUUGUGCUGGCAAAUAGAACUUUCAAGGAACAAAUCAAACCAGGCAUACUUCGAGAAAUAACCGAAGAAAAGAACUAUGCAGACUUUUCACUGUUCGAGGAUCGAGAUGCAGUCGACGGGAAAGAUGAUGACGACGACGCUGAGGACAGUGACAACGACGAUGAAGAUGACAAUUAUGUCACUGACGGUCCUAACAACAACAACAACAACAACAGCGACAGCAACGAUGAAACUAAAGAGAAACACGAUGACGAUGACGAUGGAGGCUUCUUUGGGCGGUUCUUUGAAACUCUUGUGGAUAAGCUUGCUGUGUUUAAGACUCGAGCUGGUCGAGCAGGCAAAGUUGAUGAGGAAGUACAAACCGCUGACGAGUCUGCGCUCACAUCUCGUCGCAUCUACUUGGUUGACAAUGGGCUUGUGUUCAAUUCCCCGUACCCUCCCCUGUUGAGGCCUGAGAGGGAUGUGGAUGUGUUUCUCUCCUUUGACUUCAGUGUGAGGAAAAGAGAUGUUGAAUUUUGCUUCGAGGAACUCCUAUUAGCAGAACAAUGGGCGAUAAAGAACAAAUUAAAAUUUCCUCCAAUUGAAGCAGAAUUGCAGUACCAAAGGCAUGGAAUGAAAGAAUUUUACGUGUUUCAAGAUCCACAAGAUCCAACUUGUCCAAUCGUUAUUCAUUUUGUGCUGGCAAAUAGAACUUUCAAGGAACAACUCAAACCAGGUAUCGCACCAACUUGA